AUGUCGUUUCUGGCGCUACUCCGCGGACGCGGCAGAGUGAAUCUGAGAACAGCUUUCCCAUGCGUGCCAUUCCCAGCGCUGGCUCUCAUCGCCGCAUUUUCCGUGGCAGGAUGCAUGCAUCUGGCACGAGAACCCGCCUCGCGGCGCCUCGUGGAGGCGGUGCUGGUGGCGGUUGUGCCCUCGUGGAACUCCUGGCAAGAGGAAAAUGGGGGAAGAGGAGAAGUAGGGCGGGCUGGGCGAGGGGGAGGAAGGCGUGGAGGCGUGGGUGGUGCAGUGUGUGCUGCGACUGCUGGUGUAGCGAACGUUCUUGCCGCCUUCCACGUGGAAAGGGCAGCGCAGGGCGGAGCUGGGCAGUUCACAUUUCCCACAGCAGCAGCAGCAUGCCAAAUUGACGCCGCGCGCGUGUACCUGCCAUCCGACACCUCUUCACCGCAUCCCACGCGGUCGACUCCGCCGCAGAAUCCGCCGCUUGUCAAGAUCCACAGCGGGAUUGGGCAGUGGAGAGGCAUGGCCGGGAGUGGCGGAGGUGGAUUUGCGGUUGACGCAGUGGCUGUUGGGGAAGCCGGUGCUUGCACCCCUGUCCCCGUCCGAUCCCCCGUGCUCUCUCAGUUUGUCAGCGCAAGCCACGGUAUCACGUCGCCCCUCUUCCUCUCCGCCCCCGCCUACCCGCUUCGCACCCGCCAGCCACACCAUGCUGGUAGGCCCGUCUGCUCUCCUGGGCCACGCCAUUCCCCCCUCUGUCUCCGCUCCCCCGGGUGCUCCCGUGCCCGUUCCCUGUGUGGCUAUCACGUCCACCGACUCUCCACACACAGCGUGUUACAGGGCCGGGCAGUUGCAGCAAUAGCAGUAGGUGCAGUGAGGAGAAUAUACCUGUCAAUACCGCAGCAGCUGCAGCAGGUUCUUCUGCAGGCGAACAGCAUACCACUCUCCCGCCGCCGCCCCUCCUUCUCUUUCCCCUUCCCAGUCGCCCCUCAACCCACCUUCCCCCCCCCCUCACCUUCCCUUUUCCCCCCGAUCCCCCUGAUCUCUCCCGCCGUGCACUGUCCGCCUCCGCGCCGCCGUCUCGCCCAUGAUCCAACAGGCCGCCAUGUCUGCACCUCCAAUCCCCUCUCCGAGGGUUGCAGCGUUCUCCGCGCCGCCGCGCCGCGCACUGUUGGACGAGCUGGCGGCGCUAGGCGUGGACAGCGGGGAGGAGAGGGGUUUGGAGGGGGAGUGGGAGGAUGA